AUGGAGCUCUUCGUCCGCAAAAUUGACGAAAAUGCCAAAUGGCAACCUCAUCAUACGCUUGUGCGAUUUGCCGGCGGGCCUGACUGGGAGACAGAGGGCUAUCGUUCGUUGACUUGGCAACAAUAUGCCGACGGCAUCAACAAGACUGCACACUGGCUUGACGAGACCUUUGGCAAGUCUGUGGACAAUGAUACUGUGGCGUAUUCUGGUCCCAGCGACGUCCGAUAUGCGUUUCUGUUUGCAGCAUCGGUCAAGACAGGUCGCAAGUUUCUUGUUCCAGAUGGCCGCUUCAUGAAGGAUGGUCUUGACGCGCUGCUAAAGUCAUCAAACUGCAAGAUUUGGCUAUAUUCUGAGGGGGGUGCAUCCAGUCCUGAGCCUAAGCUCGCAGAAUCGGGUAUCCACGUCGAGCAAUUUCAAAGCCUCGAUUGGUGUCUAUCUGCCCAAGGAACCGCGCCCUACGUCUACGAGAAGACCUACGAGGAGGCGAAAGACGAUGAGAUUCUCAUCAUCCACACUGGUGGCACCACAGGGGCACCUAAGCCAAUCUUCAUGAACAAUGGCUUCUGGGCAGCUGGGUGUUCAUCUGCCGGAUUGGCUCGCCGUCAUUGGCCUAGGGGGAUAUCUACGGAUUCUUUCUACGGCCGAUCCCUGAUUUUGGCAAUCCCCAUGAGGCUACAGCCCGGUCUUGUCUUGAUCAACAUGUUUGCCGUUUUCUCCGGCACUUGUGUUAUCCAACCUCCUCCGGACGUAGUUGGAGUCCCACCGGCCAUUUUCCACAAGCUUCUCCGUCUCAACAAGGUUGAUGGCCUGAUGGGGUUCCCUUUUACCAUAGUUGACCUGUAUAACAAUGAAGAGACCCGGGAGUCACUGAAGUCGCUCGAGUUCAUCACUUAUUUGGGAUCUGCUCUCGACCGAGUUGUUGGAAACGCACUGUGCGAGCACACCCGGCUCAAUUCCGUCAUGGGAGCCACAGAGUCUGGCGGCCGCUUUUCUCUGCACCCCAUAGAAAGGAAGCUAUGGUACAGCUUCCAGUUCAUUCCAGAGCACCAUGUUCGUUUGGUCAAACUAGAGGGAUCUGGGGAAGCUUUGGGUGAUGGAGAUGACUCUGAUGUGUACCAAAUGUUCAUCGACAGGCCACCCGAUUAUGGACCAUCCAUCUAUCAGUGUGCCUUCUGGAACUACAAGAUGUUCAAGGACGUUGAGACAAUCGAUACCAAAGAGUUGUGGCGCCCGGUUCAAGACAGCGAUGGCAGUACCCGUUGGGAAUCGGUAGCCAGAACUGAUGAUUGGACGAAGCUGAUUUGGAUGGCCAAAUUCCACGCACAAGACAUCGAGACUAAAGUCGCCAGGUACCCUGGUAUCAAGCACGUCAUGGUUGGCGGGGCAGGACGCAUUGCACCAUACGUACUGAUAGAGGUGAAGGAUGAAUUGCUUGACAAGAACCACGAAGAGCUUCUUGACGAUAUUUACGAGAAGACCAUUGUGGGGCACAAUGAGAUUUCUGCGAAAGCAGUGGCUAUCCCGAGACAGACUGUGUUCUUGGCCAGCAAGUCAAAGCCUAUCAAGCUAACUGUCAAACAAUUGGUGCUUCGGAGGGAGGUCGAGAAGGACUACAAGGAAGAGAUUGAGGGUGUAUACAAGAGGCUUGAGAUUAGAAGCAAUCAGACGACAGGUGAGAAGUUCGUGCAGAACAUGAAUUAG